AUGGUGUUGACAGUAGUUUCCUACACACAAAAACCUCACGUAGUUUGUGUUCCAUUCCCAGCACAAGGUCAUGUAAACCCUUUCAUGCAACUAGCCAAAAUCCUCAGAAGCAUUGGCUUCCACAUAACCUUUGUAAACAAUGAGUUCAACCACAGACGUUUGAUUAGUUCUCUUGGUGACGACUUCGUGAAAGGCGAACCGGACUUUCAGUUCGAAACCAUACCUGAUGGUUUGCCAGAAUCUGAUAAAGAUUCAACACAAAGCAUUGCUGCAUUGUGUGAUGGAACUAGAAAACAUUGUUAUGCUCCAUUGAAAGAGCUUGUUAAGAAACUUAAUAAUACUCCACAUGUUCCUCAAGUUACUUCCAUUAUGUAUGAUGGACUUAUGGGCUUUGCUAGAAAAGUUGCGAAAGAUUUGGGUCUUGCAGAUCAACAGUUUUGGACUGCAUCUGCUUGUGGAUUGUUGGGUUAUUUGCAGUUUGAUGAGCUUGUCGAAAGAAAUAUUCUUCCAUACAAAGAUGAAAGCUAUAUCACUGAUGGAUCAUUGGACCAAAACCUAGAAUGGAUCGAAGGAAUGAAAGACAUCCGAAUGAGAGAUCUUCCAAGUUUCGUUAGAACAACAACCUUAGACGAUAUCAGUUUCACUUGCUUUGGAUUCGAAUCUCAAACAUGUAUGAAACUCUCAUCCUCAGUCAUAAUCAACACAGUCCAUGAGCUAGAAAGCGAAGUCCUUGAUUAUCUCACAACCAUAAAUCCCAACAUAUACAACAUAGGUCCACUUCAGUUUCUAGGUAACCAUUUUCCUGACAGAGAAAACGGUUUCAAAUUCCAUGGUUCAAAUCUUUGGAAAAACGAUGUAACAUGUUUCAAAUGGUUAGACCAAUGGGAACCUGACUCAGUCAUCUAUGUGAACUAUGGAAGUAUAGCUGUUAUGAGUGAGGAACACUUGAAUGAGUUUGCAUGGGGUUUAGCAAACAGUAAGUUACCGUUUUUAUGGAUUAAAAGACCUGAUUUGGUAAAAGGAAAAGGAAAAUCAUCACCAUUGCCACAGGAUUUUCUGGAUGAGGUUAAGGAUAGAGGUUACAUAACAAGUUGGUGUCCUCAAAGUGAGGUGCUAGGUCAUUCAUCGGUCGGUGCAUUUUUGACUCAUUGCGGUUGGAAUUCGUCUCUUGAGAGUAUAUGUGAAGGUAAGCCUAUGAUUGGUUGGCCUUUCUUCGCGGAGCAACAGACGAAUUGUAGGUUUAUUUGCAACACUUGGGGGAUUGGGAUGGAUAUUAAGGAUGAUGUGAAGAGAGAAGAGGUGACUGAGCUUGUGGUGGAGAUGAUAAAGGGUGAAAAGGGGAAGGAAAUGAGAGAGAAAUGUCAAGAAUGGAAGAGGAAGGUGGUUGAAGCUGCUGAUACAGGAGGUUCUUCUUACAAUGAUUUCAAUAGGUUGCUCAAGGAGGUUUAUCAUUAUGAUGUUGUUUGA